AUGUCGAAAGACGCAUUAAACUCAACAACUAUGUCGUCCGCCCCGUCGACCCAAGAGAACCAGAUCUCGAAACGAGAUUCUCCACUCCCUAAAAUAACUGUUGGCACCUCGGAGGAGUACAUUGAAAAGACCGCCUCUGUGGUGUCCCAUGCAAUGCUUCCGAGUGUCAUAUGGGGUCUCUUCUUCGGAGGUGGCACUGGCGGGACAGGCUCCGACGCGUUAUCGGAUGAAGAACGUCUGCAAAUGUAUCAUUCUAUCGUGAAGCAGUUUCUAAUUCCCAGGGCUGGGUCGAGUGCUUUCAUCGCGGAGGCAGGUGAUUUCUCAGCAUGCGCUUCAUGGUGGCCGCCUGGAUCACACCAGCCACCGAAGGAUGUCAAGGAUCUGAACAAGUUGGAGCGACAGGAAGGCACAUUGUUGGCGGCUUUUGAACGUGAGAUUCAGAAGGUCAAGAUUGAGCUGAUUUCUUCGAGGUAUGGGCAGGAAUUUUGGCAUCUGGCUUUGCUUGGUCGUGAUCCAAGGAAACCGGCUCUGCGUGGUGCGGUGAGAGCUGUUUUGCAACCUAUCAUCGAUCAAGCUGCGGCAGAGGGCAAACCGAUCUGGCUUACAACCACCAGUGAGCACGCGAGGGACAUUUAUCUGCAUUUUGGAUGGCAAGUGGUGAGAACGGUCACGGUUGAGGGUCACCAUCAAUGGUGCAUGAUUUUAUACCCGCCAUAUCAGGGCAAAGCAUGCUAG